AUGUCCACCAAGACCCCCGUCCUUACCGAUAAGGCCCCUAAGCCCCUACCUGGUAUCUACAGCCAAGCUAUCAUUGCCAAUGGCAUGGUUUUCUGCUCCGGCGCUGUUCCCAUGGACCCAGUUACCAUGAAAAUCAUUGACGGUGACAUCCAAGCUCAUACGCACCAAUGCAUCAAGAAUCUGACCGCAAUCCUUGAAGGCGCAGGCACCACUAUUGACAAGGUUGUCAAGGUGAACGUCUUCCUCGCUAACAUGGAGGAUUUCGCCCCCAUGAACGAGAUUUACUGCCAAUACUGGGGCGAUGUCAAGCCCUCUCGAACUUGCGUCGCGGUUAAAACUCUGCCUUUGAAUGUGGACGUUGAGAUUGAAUGUAUAGCAGUGUUGUAA